AUGUCCGACCUCGCCGCCGAGUUUCCAGGGGACGCCUACAACCUGGUGUCCCGCAACUGCAACCACUUCUGCGACGCCGCGUGCCGCCGCCUCGUCGCCGGCCGCGCACGCAUCCCGCGCUGGGUCAACCGCCUCGCCAAGAUCGGGGUCGUCUUCACCUGCGUCAUCCCGGGCAACGGCCGCGCCGUCGUGCGCGGCCGCGGGGGCGGCGAGUCGUGCCCAUCCUCCGCCGCCGCCGCCGCCGUCGGGAGCCGCUCCGCGCGCCAGGAGGCCUCGCCCGCGCCGCCAAGGACGAGGACGUUCUUCCGGUCCCUCUCCGUGGGCCGGCGGAAGGACCUGACGAUGCCCCGGCCGCUGUCUGCCUCCCCACCGCCGCCGCCGCUGCCGCUGGCAGACGCCUCGACGUCAACGUCGUCGGGGUCCACGACGUAA